AUCGUUGUUACCAGUGAUGGAAGAAUGUUUGACAUCCGGCCAAGAUUUUGUGUUUCAGCAAGAUGGUGCAGCGUGCCAUACCUCAAAAAAGGCUACAAAAUGGAUGGAAGAAAAUAAUGUACCACUUUUGAAAUGGGUUUCUAGCAUUCCAGGUCUGUCACCUAUUGAAACUUUAUGGCACGAGAUGAAAAAGGUUCUACGACAACAUUCUGCUCGUACAAUCACCGAACUGAGACAAAAGCUUUAGGAAAAUGGGAUAGUUUUACACCAAAUUUUUGACAAAACUUGGUUAACACUAUGCCCCAAAGAAUUUAGCCGUCUAAGUCAUUUCAAAUAUGCAUUUUUUA